AUGUGGUGUAGUGUGAAAGCUGACUUCCACUUUGCUGCUGCAGAUGUGGGACAGUUGUCCAUGCCUCGUGUGACGUCCGAACGCCACUUUUAUAGGCUGAAUGGGUCAUCAACAUUUUUGAAACGCACAAGCGACUCAUACUGGGGUUACAUCACACUAGAAUCGCUCACCAUAUAUGAGAAGAUAUAUCAUGAAACAUGCAAGAUUAACCCUGAAAGCAAUGGCUAUGUGUGGUACUCCAUGUUCCGACGCCAAUUUCGCGGCCACCACCCUCCAGUCGCCCUCAUCGAAGAGACGUGGCGUCGCUUGCUCCGCAAUGCUUCAGCACCACUCGAAAAAACGCCGUAUCCAAAAGGUUUUGUCGUAGCAAUGAUAUACAUGUUGCACAUCGAAUCGCACUUCAACGACAGGAAGCCCAACAGCAGAGACGCUCGGCGUCCGAAGAAGGUCGUUCUCUCUCCCGAGAGGCGUGAGCUCUGCAAGUCUUUUGGCUUCUGGGCGCCGUGCCAGUGCGGAAGUCAUUGUGGUCGAAGGUGGAAUUUUGCCAACAAAGUCGGGAUCAGUAAAGGUGGAUGGCCGAACCGAUUCUGUGCGGUUGCGAUGGCAAUCGCCGAGGGUAGAGGCGGAACACCUUGGUUGGAGACAAGGACAAAAUGGGAAAGAGGUGGAAAUUAA